UUAGAUUUGGUUUUAGUCGUUUUAAAGCAUAUCGAGUUCGUUCCUAAAUCUAUAUAUAGUUUGGCACAUUAGUCGUUAAUACGGUAACACAUUUUAUAUCAUACCAAUAUCCAAAAGGACUUUUACUUUGAAAUAAAAACAAUCACUUUUCCUUCCGGAAUCAUCCAUCUACUGUUGCUGUCUCCGCUUAGCUAGCUUGCAUGAAAUAUCUUUCUAGAAACCUGUAAUAACGACGACGUACUUUCUUUGAAGAUUGAAUCGUCAAAAUGGGUUACAAUAAAUUCCGAGUCAACGCUACUCGGAAGAUGUCGAAGACGUUAGCUCUGACUGUUCUAGUCUGUUUGUCGUUCUGCAUCUGUGUUUGCAGGGCAGAGGAUAGUGCCAUGGAGAACAUGGUAACAGAGAGGAAGGUUGAGGAUAACCACAGACAAGACAGUGCCGACCUGCUGAUUUUCAUCAUGCUCCUAACCCUCACGAUUUUAACCAUAUGGUUAUUCAAGCACCGUCGUUUCAGGUUUUUGCAUGAAACGGGACUGGCUAUGAUCUAUGGCGUGCUGGUUGGGGUGGUCCUGCGCUAUGGUAUCCACGUACCCCGUGACAUUAGUAACGUCACCCUCAGUUGCCAUGUCAAUGCCAGCCCACCCACACUGCUCGUCAACGUCAGCGGCAAGUUCUACGAGUACACGCUGAAGGGCGAGAUCAGCGCCUCUGAGAUCAGUGAUGUGCAAGACAACGAGAUGCUUCGCAAGGUGACCUUUGACCCUGAGGUGUUCUUCAACAUCCUCCUGCCCCCUAUCAUCUUCCAUGCCGGCUACAGUCUGAAGAGGAGACACUUCUUCAGGAACAUGGGGUCCAUCCUGGCCUACGCCUUUCUGGGAACAGUCAUAUCAUGUUUCAUCAUUGGGUUGCUGAUGUACGGCUGUGUCACGCUGAUGAAGCAGGUGGGACAGCUUCACGGGGACUUUUUCUUCACAGACUGUCUGUUGUUUGGAGCCAUUGUCUCUGCAACUGACCCAGUGACGGUGCUGGCCAUCUUCAACGAGCUGCAGGUGGACGUGGAUCUGUACGCUCUGCUGUUUGGAGAGAGCGUUCUCAACGAUGCCGUGGCCGUGGUGCUGUCCUCGUCCAUCGUGUCGUACCAGCCUGAGGGGGACAACAGUCACACCUUUGAGGUGAUGGCCAUGUUGAAGUCCUUUGGGGUGUUCCUGGGUGUCUUCAGUGGAUCCUUCGCCCUGGGAGUGGCCACCGGGGUCAUGACGGCGCUCGUCACUAAGUUCACUAAGCUGAGGGACUUCCAGCUACUGGAGACUGCUCUCUUCUUCCUCAUGUCCUGGAGCACCUUCUUAAUGGCAGAGGCCUGUGGCUUCACAGGUGUGGUGGCAGUGCUUUUCUGCGGGAUCACUCAGGCUCAUUACACCUUCAACAACCUGUCCCCUGAAUCACAGGACAGGACCAAACAGUUGUUUGAGCUGCUGAACUUCCUGGCAGAGAAUUUCAUCUUCUCCUACAUGGGUCUGGCCCUGUUCACCUUCCAGAACCACAUCUUCAACCUCACCUUCAUCGUGGGCGCUUUUCUGGCAGUGUUCCUGGGCAGAGCAGCCAACAUCUACCCCCUGUCCUUCCUGCUCAACCUUGGACGCAGGAACAAGAUCAGCUCCAACUUCCAGCACAUGAUGAUGUUUGCAGGGUUGCGUGGGGCGAUGACCUUUGCCCUUUCCAUCCGGGACACGGCUACCUACGCCCGUCAGAUGAUGUUCACAACCACCCUCCUCAUCGUCUUCUUCACUGUAUGGGUCUGUGGAGGCGGAACCACCCAGAUGCUUUCCUGCCAGCACAUACGUGUGGGUGUAGAUUCGGACGCAGAUAACUCAAUGAGCAUUACAGAGGGAUCAGAGCGGCGGAGCACCAAACACGAGAGCGCCUGGCUCUUCAGGAUCUGGUACAACUUUGACCACAACUACCUGAAGCCCAUCCUGACCCACAGCGGCCCUCCUCUCACCGUCACCAUGCCUGCCUGCUGUGGACCAUUGGCCAGAUGCCUCACCAGCCCACAGGCCUACGAGAACGAGUGCCAGCUGAAGGACGACGAUUCGGACCUCAUCCUGACGGACGGGGACAUCAGCCUGACCUACGGUGACAUCACGGUGAGCACGGACGCCAGCGGCGCCCACACCAGCGCCGGGCCCGCGGGCACCACCUCCGCCGUCAUCUCCGCUGACGACCUGGACCGCGAGCUGACGUACGGUGACAACGAGCUGGUGAUGAGGGGCACCCGCCUGGUCCUGCCCAUGGACGACUCCGAGCCCCCCCUCGCGGACCCCCGACACCGUAUGCGGAUGUGAGGCGAAAGAGAGGCCAGAUGACCAAUUCACUCUACGUCCUGCUCACCUUAAUCUGCAGGAAUGAGAUUAACUAAGAUCAGCAAGAGACUGGUCUCUCUCUGUCUGUCUCUCUGACUGUGCCAGUCUGUCUUUCUCUGACUGUCUUUCUUUUUCUCUCAUACCGCUCAUCAUCUCUCCCUCACUCUCCCUCACUCUCCCUCACUCUCCCUCACUCUCGUUCCUCUUUUGAGUUUCUCAAGUGGCUAAUCCAUGUCUCUACCUCAUUCUUGUUUGCUAAUUUUUACUCCUUUCGCCAUCACUGUAAUAUGAAGUAUUUAUUCAUGUUUUCUUUUGAUUUUGUUAAACCGAUAGCUUUUCUCAGUUUGUCUUCUAAUAGGACCACACUGAAAUCACGUGGCAAUCUUGUCACAGUAGCGUUAUAGAGGACUCAAUACGAGUCUAUGCGCAUGCAUUAGUCUAUGUGGAGGUCACAGUACAACAGCUAGUUUGUCUCUGUAUCACAAGGUGUAUAAUAACGGUGACAUGCUAACUGUGCAUGCUAAAUUGUGCAUCCUUUUUCUAUGCGUGGGGAGUGAGAAGGUUGCGGGGCUGAUUGAGUUUGUAGCCUUGUUUUUGGGUCUGAUCCUGAAUGUUACUGCCUUCUCUGUGUGAUCCAAGGCAUGCUGACUUGAUUUAAUGGCUCUGCGUUGCAUUUUGUUGCUAUGUGAAUACGGUUACAAUCAAGUGCCUCAGUGACCACUGUAGUUUAUUUUCCCUUUUAGAAGUAACACACUCCUCCAUCCACAGGGUGGCGACGUUUUCUAUGGGUGACAGGCUGUCUGCGUUUUGAGCCGUUGGGCUGUGGACUGUUACAAUGUUAAAGCCUGGUUGAAUGACAAUGGAAGGACAGAGUUCAGUCUGGUUUAACCAGGCUAACAGUGUAACCUGGCGCACGUCUUGGACUUCCCACAACGACCUUAGACUGUGACUUUGGGAGGGUUUGACACCUUAUUUUAGAAGCUGAUGUCACUCACCACAGAUGCAGAAAGAAGGGCUGUCGUUUUGAAUACCAGAUCCAAAUCUCCCGUACGGUGAAAGCUAGUGCCAUUUCCCCUGCAUUGACAUUUUAUGAAAAGAGUGCAGACAGCCUCAAAAUACUUUGUAUGUAUUUUGCAACAUACUAGAAGUACUUUAGCUACAUAACUAAUUGUCACUAAUUAUACUAUACUGUGUGUGUAACAUGGUGAAUAUUUGAUAUUAGGGACUGCAAUGUUACUAUUAUCAAACCUACUGUGGACUUUCUAUCUGUGCUAAGCUCUUGCUUCCUACUGGCUAAGAUGUAUCUGGUUAUUCACUGCGUUGAAGUAGUAUACAGGGAACAUGCUACAGUAGCUCUUGAUCAAGGAUCAAAUUUGCUUUGUUUUUGUCAAAUUUGUCUGGAAUUGACAUUUUGUGGAUCAACAAUGUUUAAUCUAUUCAUCACUUCUUAUCCAAUUCUAUUUCAGAUUGAAUUUGCUUCAUUUGGGAUUGUUUAUGGGAAUGUCCUUGUCAAAAGAUUGAUGGUCUGCUACUGUAUGUACUGGACCGCAGUUCAACUGUUAACUGGCCUGAGUUACUGGUCUAUUGGCUACGUUGUCCCUGAUACUGUAUGACGUUGUGAUGUCUCGGAUAGUAUGUAGAAAUCACUCACAAUUUGGAUAGGCAAGUUGGGGUAACAUUUCGGAUUAAAUGAUUCCGAAUAGAUAUUUCGAGAAGAAAACAGAAUAGUUGUACAAAAGGAAUUUGUGCGAAUCUUUUUGUGUAAAAUAACACUAGUCUAAUGUAUCCUAUAUACCUCGCUGUAUAUUGUAUGGGGUUUGGCCUGAUUUAUAGCUGAUGCCUGGCCUCUGAGUAGCUCUUCUAAGCUUCUUGUCUAUAUGGGCUCUGCGAUCAGAGUGAGUAGCUCCUCUGAGCUGCUUGGCUUCAUGUGCUCUACCCUUGUGACUGUUCUGGGAUCAGCGGUGGCUGUUAAUGUAGUGCAGCAGGAACUGUUGACAGGACACCUGCUUGGCAACGCACUGUUGAUAUGGAUGGAAUCAGGCACUGUGCCAGACAACACUACAGACGAGGGAGGGAGUAGGAGAGAGAAUGAGGCAGGGUAGGAGCUGAGGAAAGAGAGGUAGAGAUGAAUAGUGUACAUUUUUCCUAUAGUCCAAGCUAUUUACUUUGCACCUGGGGUGGAGGAGAGUCAAAGGGAGGGGAAGGUAAAUGGAGGGAAGGAAGGAAGGAAGGAAGGAAGGAAGGAAGGAAGGAAGGAAGGAAGGAAGGAAGGAAGGAAGGAAGGAAGGAAGGAAGGAAGGAAGGGGAGAAGGAGGCCGUUCACUAGACAUGCCUUGGUCUUCCCCUCAGUGUUACCUCCUGCUGUGCAGGAACCUCUGACGGCACGUGUCUUCUCUCUUCGUUUUUAUCAGGCAUGCCUCUUGACACCGCAACGUGCAGUUAAUUAUUUUUUCCCCUCUAUUUUCUGUUUGUUUCCCUCCUAUUUUUUUUAAAAUUCUUGAUGAAGAAGGGAAAUAAGGCGAAAGCAUUGAGGAUGUUGCAGCAUUUGCACUUGUCUUUUGAGAAUCGUUUGUUUCAUUCUGCUUCGAUUGUCUUGCAUGUGACAUUUGUCAUACUUUUGAGCUGCUUUUAACUGGCUUUGAAUUACAUGUUGGGUUUAUAAUGAAAUGAAAAGGAAUACAGUGAAAUAUGAUCCAUUUAUGUACAGGUUAUUAUGAUCUAUGUUACCAAGAGAAACAAGAUUGGCCUCAUUGCCUCAUUCCUUUUCCAUGCCAUUGACUGUCUUCACAACAACAAAAAGGUCAAAAAUCAGAAGUGUGUACCAGUCUACCACUGACAGAUCUAAUGUUGUAGGUCAAAAAAGCCCCUUGUAGGUCUACUUAUAUUUGCCAGUACUGUUCUUACAGUAUGUGUUCCAUUUUUUAAAUUUGAACUGUCAAUGGUAACUUGUAAUUAACUUGUUGACACUAUUCUGAAGUAGCUGACCAAAGGGGCUUGUUGUACUCUGUGUUUUCAGACUGUCCACUCUGUGUUUAUACUGCUACUUCGCUGUGUGUGUGUGUGUGUGUGUGUGUGUGUGUGUGUGUGUGUGUGUGUGUGUGUGUGUGUGCGCGCAUGUCGUCUACACCUAAGCGUGUGUGUGUGUCUGCUGUAAUGCGUGUGUGUGCCACACUGUGCUCCCUCAGUGUUGCAGGUACUGACUGUUUACAUUUCUGUAAAUAUUCCUCACCUGUUCCAAGUCGCGUGCAAAAUGUUCAAUAAACAGAAUCCUGUGCUUUGGAUUAAACCCCUC